GCUACGUAGUAGUGCAGUAUGAGCGGUACGGUGCUGCUGCUUUAGAGUUCCUCUUGCUCAUGUUUAUCGUUGUCUAUCUCGUAUUGCCAUCGUCUGGAUCUUGAAACUAUACCUUCAUUCACUACCCAAGUACUAAAGAAGGGAAGACAUUCAAAUAAUCCAUUAAGAUGCAGUCAAACAUGGUCAUCUAUUUGGUCAUGGUCAUCAUGGCAACCAUGUCCUUGAGCGUUCUUGGACGUGUAGUGAGCAAUAACCAUGGAAACAAGCUGACCAUGAAGGAUGAGCUGCCCUCUUUCUGCAACGACCUUGACUGUCCGAAGUACACUGUCAUAGAUGAUACACAUGAGACUUGGGAGGAGCGUCUAUAUUCCCCAGCUAGCUGGGUGGGCACCAGCUUGAACGGAGUAGACUUUGACAAAGCAGGAGAAAAGAUGUUCAUGAAGCUUUUUGCUUACAUCGGGGGAGAAAAUGAGCUAGGAGUUAAAGUCGAGAUGGCAGUUCCUGUCAUUACAAGAGCCACCAUAGAUGCCAGGACUGGACUGUUCGUCAACAACUACACCAUGUUCUUCUAUCUGCCUUACAAGUACCAGAACAUCACCGCCCUUAAACCAACAAAUCCAGACGUCUUUCUUUGGACGGAACCUCAGAGCAAGAUCUUUGUUCGAUCUUUCUCUGGCUACAUGUCAGAGACGAAGGACCUGUUCAACGCCGGAGCUAUGGCAGCCGAUCUCAAGGACGAAUGGGACUACGAUCAUGGCUACAUCUACACCGCAGGCUACGACUCGCCGUGGAAGAUCUUUGUGAGGCACAACGAGAUCUGGUUUGUUGGCAAGAACUAAAUCUACUCUUGAAUCUCGUGAAAAAAAGAAGGCAUCUUCAUGCAUGCCAUGACUGUUUAGUCUAUGUUUCACUAGCGAUUGACUUCAAUGGGGUGUUGGGUGGAAUUAAGAAUUUGUGUUUCCUGGAAAGCCCACAUUUGAUAUCAAAUACUCAUUUUGGCAAAAUAGAGCAAUAAAGAGAACAAGAAAAGCAUAUACUGUAUGUUCAUGUAUAGAAACUUUUUAAGCAAAUAAUGUCAUCGCGGAUCUAUUGCAGGGUUUUAUGUAUCGUCUGCUGAGUGCCAGAAGAGCAUUAAAGCUCUUUAACAUUGUGUGGGUUAAAGGCAUCGUUCAGCAAUGUUAAAUCUUGAGAUGCACGGCCCUAUAUGUUAUCAGUGUCUGUGUUAUGGUGUAAUAUUGAAGUCUUAAAAAAAUUACGCUUCAAAAUGAUCAAAAAGUGCCUGAAAAAGUAAAAAUCUUCGAGUGACCGGGUUAAGCAUACUCGUCUUUUCCAAUAGUCUGUAGUGUCAUUAAAACCAUUAGGAAUAUGCAAAAUUUGAUUUUGAUUUCCAAUCAUAAAUAUCUUGAUAACCAGACAGGCGAUCGGCUUGUAAAAGUCAUGGGGUUCCUGACUGACCUAAAGGUUUAUAAUUAUCAUUGCAGCAUGGGCUAAAUCCAGGAUUUUGUUUCAGAAUCUGAGGCAAAGUUACUCAAUCCCUUUAAUGACCUUCUCACUUCUCUGCAGAAAACAUGUGAUCAAGCGAGAAAGCACUUAUCGAGUGUUACUCAGAAACGAUCUUUGUAUUCAAAAUAUAUUUUUAAAAUUGUGUAGUGAAAUGUGACUUUUCCGAUAUUUAGUUAUGAAAAUGAACAUUGUUUAAAUAUGUCUUUCUAUUGAACAAGGAAAAUGUAUAAUCAAAGUAUGUAAUGACAUCAAAUGUCUUUAAAAGCUAGCUCUUAAUUUUGCAAGUAUAGUUUUAUUGUAUUAUGUAUAUUUCUUCAAUAGUCCAGCAUUGUUAUUAUGUAAUAAUGUAACUGUUUUAUAGAACAAAGUUCUUUAUAAUGAAUAAACAUCACACACAGAA